AUGAAGAUAAAAUCUAAAUCUUUUUCAGAAUGUUAUGCUGACUUCUUCAGAGAAGACUUUGAUGUGAAAGCUUACACUUCCCAGUCCAUCCAUCAGGCUGUGAUAGCUGAGCAACUAGCAAAACUUGCCCAAGGUAUUAGUCAGUUGGAUAAAGAGCUUCAUUUACAAGUUGUUGCAAGACAUGAAGACCUGUUGGCCCAAGCAACUGGAAUUGAAUCCCUGGAAGGUGUCCUCCAAAUGAUGCAGACUAGAAUUGGUGCUCUACAAAGUACUGUUGAUAGAAUUAGAGUCAAAAUUGUUGACCCCUACAACAAAAUAGUGUCUCGCACAGCUCAGCUAGCAAAACUUCAAGCUGCCUGUGACUUGCUGCGGAGGAUAAUACGCAUCUUGUAUCUCAGUAAGAGACUUCAAGGGCAACUGCAAGGAGGAAGCAGAGAGAUAACAAAAGCUGCCCAGAGUCUCAAUGAACUUGAUUACCUUUCUCAAGGGAUAGAUCUCUCUGGAAUAGAAGUAAUUGAAAAUGACCUGCUUUUUAUUGCAAGAGCUCGGCUUGAGGUGGAAAAUCAAGCUAAAAGGUUGCUUGAGCAAGGUGUGGAGACUCAGAAUCCUACUCAAGUGGGAACUGCUCUUCAGGUUUUCCAUAACCUUGGGACUUUGAAGGAUACCAUUGCUAAUGUGGUGGAUGGAUACUGCACAGUCCUGGAGGAGAACAUAAAAAAUGCUUUGGAUAUCAAAGUAUUGACCCAACCAUCGCAAACUGUUACAAGAGGUGGCCCUGGUAGAGCUGCUAUGCCAACACCUGGGAACACAGCAGCUUUUCGAGCAGCCCUCUGGACAAACAUGGAGAAACUCAUGGAUCAGAUCUGUGCUGCUUGCGGACAGGUGCAGCAUUUGCAGAAAGUAUUGACAAAGAAAAGAGAUCCUGUGUCACAUGUCUGCUUCAUAGAGGAAAUAGUUAAGGAUGGCCAGUCUGAUAUUUUAUACAAAUUUUGGACUGCAGUAACUCAGACACUUUCCUCUCAGUUUCAGUCAGCAACAGACUCCUCUAUGUUUUUGAAACAAGCUUUUGAAGGAGAAUACCCUAAAUUACUGAGGCUUUAUAAUGACUUGUGGAAGCGCCUGCAACAAUAUAGUCAAAAUAUUCAGAGGAAUUUUAACACAAGUGGAACUACUGAUCUCCUUGCUGAACUACAGCAAAUGGAAGAAGAUACACAGGACAUAUUCAUGCAAAAAACCCAAGAUUAUGAUCCAGAAAAGGCCUUGAAAGAUUCACUGCAACAAUAUGAAGCUGCUUAUUUGUCAAAAUCUUUAUCUCGACUCUUUGACCCCAUCAAUCUUGUCUUCCCUCCUGGAGGUCGGAAUCCUCCUUCUUCUGACGAGCUUGACAGCAUCAUUAAAACUAUAGCCAGUGAGCUAAAUGUGGCUGCUGUUGAUCCAGACCUGAGUUUAGCUGUGGCAAAAAACGUGGCAAAGACCAUUCAGCUCUAUGGUGUAAAGUCUGAGCAGCUUCUGUCUACUCAAGGAGAUGCCAGCCAGGUGAUUGGACCACUCACAGACGGACAGAGGAGGAACGUGGCUGUAGUUAAUUCUCUAUACAAACUGCACCAAUCGGUUCUGAAGGUCAUUACCAAUCAGAGUUCAUUUCCAGCAGCUGCUGAGCAAACAGUCACAACUGCCUUAAAGGCAGUCCAUGAUCUAAUGGGUAGUGCUGUUCAACCGUUACUGAACUCUGUAGGAGAUUCAGUAGAAGCUAUUAUCAUCACUAUGCACCAAGAAGAUUUUUCUGGAUCAUUAUCCAGCUCAGGAAAACCAGAUGUCCCUUGUUCUCUGUACAUGAAAGAACUACAGGGUUUUAUAGCAAGAGUCAUGAGCGACUACUUCAGACAUUUUGAGUGUUUUGACUUUGUCUUUGAUAACACUGAAGCCAUGGCUCAAAGAGCAAUUGAAGUUUUCAUUCGCAAUGCCAGUCUAAUAAGGCCCCUCGGUGAAGGUGGGAAGAUGCGGCUUGCGGCGGAUUUUGCACAGAUGGAGUUAGCAGUAGCACCGCUGUGUCGGCGAGUCUCUGACCUAGGAAAAUCUUACAGACAGCUGAGGUCAUUCAGACCGCUGCUGUUCCAGACCAGUGAGCAUAUUGCCAGUAGCCCAGCUCUGGGAGAGGUUAUUCCAUUCAGCAUUAUUCUUCAGUUCUUAUUUACAAGAGCACCACCAGAGUUAAAAUCACCCUUCCAGAGGGCUGAGUGGUCCAUUGCCCGCUACUCCCAGUGGCUUGAUGAUCAUCCAUCUGAAAAAGACAGGCUUGCUCUCAUACGCGGUGCACUGGAAGCUUAUGUCCAAUCAGUAAGAACGAGAGAAGGAAAGGAGUUUGCACCAGUCUAUCCCAUAAUGGUUCAGCUGCUGCAGAAAGCGAUGUCGACCCUUCAGUGAACGUGUUUGCACAACUCUCUCAAAACAGGGAGCGGACAGUAACAGUCAUGGGUCUUUGGUGCCACAUACAUACUUACGGUUCUUGUUCCCAAAUACGUAAGCUUUACAAUGAAAUGCAUUUACCUGCUUCAUCUAUGAAACUUCUGUCUUCUUUCUCUACAUUCGCAUUACAGGAACGUAAUUAUACACAAAUAUUGUAAGAAAGUCGUACAAAUUUUAUGUGCUGUAAAUCUGCAUCUAAUAAAAAUGAAUCAUUCUUC